AUGGCUGAGCUCCGCAUGGAAGAUCAAGCAUCCUUCUUCAACUUCCUGAGGAUGCCUCCGGAGAUGUUCGAUGAACUGCUUGUCAGAAUUGGGCCGAGAAUCCAGAAGCAGGACACCCGAUACAGAAAAGCACUUGAACCAGGACUGAAACUGGCAGUCACCAUAUCCCUCACUUCAAAGCCCGACUGCGUUAGAGCCGCGUAUAGCGUGAAACUAGAUAAAGUUCUGCUUCUCGUCUACGACGAGCUGGUCGAUGGCAAGCCGGAUGAGAGAAACUGGAGAGGUAUUGGCAUCGCAGUGCUCGUCAUCCUGGUGGUAUUCGCCAUGAUUAUUACGGCCGUGGCUGUAUUCACCCCCGAAGAAAUAGAGGGGCCGCAAGGAGACCGAUUGACCUUCGAUCAAAUUUUCACGGACGAGUUCAGCACAACUAAGUAUUCAACAACAUGGAUUACAGAUGAUGAGUUUGUCUACAGGGAUGAAGAUGGGGCGCUCAUUGUGCACAACGCACGGCUGAAUAAGUAUCGUACUCUGAUGGACAACAGCACGUUUGUGAUGGUGCAUGAUAACGAUAUCUAUUACAAAGAAAAUGCGUGGAGCACAAUGAAACCAUUUCGAAUAACGUACAGGGGAGAGCCAGGCGUAAUAUUUAAUGGCAUCCCCGACUGGCUUUAUGAAGAGGAAAUGUUGAACAGUCACGUGGCGCUUUGGUGGUCACCGAGUGGCCACAGGCUGUGCUAUGCAACGUUUAACGACACGAACGUGAAAUCCUUUUACUUGCCCGAGUAUGGAGAAGGAAAGGAUCACUACACUACUCUCAGAGACCUGCGAUAUCCAAAGGCUGGCGAUACGAAUCCAACGUUCAUUCUCAACGUGCUGGACGUCAGGAACCCGUACACAGUGUCGGGCGGCAGGCGCGAGGCUCGCGAAGUCCCGAUCACGCACGGUACGUUUGACGUGACAGAUAUUGUCGGCUACAACGAGAAAACGCGCCUCGUCUACUACGUCGCAACCGGUGGCCACCAGGAGGACGCCAGGAGACGCCACCUGUGGAGCGUCGGGACGCCGCAAUCUAACAGACCGUACAUGCGCGAGUGUCUCACCUGCCACCUGAAAAGGGAAUGCCAAUACUACAGUGCAUAUUUCAGCAAGCGAGCGCAGUAUUACACGUUACACUGUAGAGGGCCUGGGAUUCCUCGAUGGACCUUACACAGUGUAGACCAGGUUGAACCAGUGGCUGAAUUAUGUGGAUAUACAGAUCUACGACGCUCUGUAGAACGCACGGCUCUUCCAAAGAAGAUGUAUUUUCAAGUUUCUGUCAGUCAUCAUUACAGAGUGAAUGUCGAAAUGAUUUUACCAGUUGAUUACAGGGAGGCAGAAAAUGUGAAAUAUCCUUUACUUAUAAAUGCGGGAACCAAACUAUCCGGCGGUCCCGACACGCAGAAAGUACACGACCGAUUCGAGGUAGAUUGGAGCACUUACCUAGCAUCCAGGCACGGCAUCGCCGUCGCUUAUAUCGACGGGCGUGGCUCCAGUUGCCGAGGCAACGCGUUGAAAUUCGAAAUAUACAGACGUUUCGGGCGCAAGGAAGUCGACGAUCAGCUAGCUGUGACGCGACACAUUAGAGAUACGUUCAGGUUCAUUGAUCCGAAGAAAAUUGCCAUUUGGGGUUGGUCUUACGGAGGAUAUCUUGCUGCAAAAGUCCUAAGCCAUAAAAUGAAUUCAGGCGGCGCUCUAUUUAAAUGCGGCAUGGCCAUCGCUCCUAUUACAAAUUGGCGUCUAUAUGACACAGCGUUCACGGAACGAUACAUGGGCCUACCGGAUGCUGGCAACAACUUACUAGAGUACGAGGUUUAUGUAAGCAGCGAGUUUGCUAAUAAAUAUGCGCGCAACGUGGUGUCGUUUAUACGUGGCGUACCUAUAAACACCAUAGAAGUUGGUAUCCAUAGCCGUGUUGAAAAUCUACUACAAGCAAGUUCAACGAAGGCAAAUGUAUAUCCAGACCAGAAUCAUGACAUCCACGAGACGAACAAACACCUGCACCUACUACUCGACAAUCACCUGCACAACUGCUUCAAGGAUCCAAUUGAGAAAGAAGACGAGGAGGAAAUUGUGGUGGCACCGAAGCCUAAGACACUGCGAUUUAAGGAAGCAGCAGAAGCACAGCAGGAGCGACAUAGGAAGAAAACGACUUCUGACUGGCUUCGUAUAAAGGACACAAACGCCAUAAUAGUAGAGGACCAGGGAACUGCGUACGGCAUUAAGAAGCAAGCGGAUGCCUUACAAUAAUGCACAGCGGAUCUAUCGGCAGCAAUGCAUCAACGUAAUUAUGAUACCCUCGAUUUUAGUGUUCACCUGUCUUGAAUCUGGA